AUAUAUGCACUUCCAGUCACAGCAUAUACCCAUGGAAGACAGGCGAACACCGGGCGUCGACUCAUUUCUUUGUCGAGUUCGAGAAUGGCGCCUCUGUCAAACGAGCCAGAGCGUUUCAAACGCACGAUUACAAGGCGCAUAUAGUUGCAUACUCCCCCCAGAUGGUUGCCCAUUUCGAAAGUGUAUCACGUUCCAGUUCCCCGGUCAAGAGGUCUCGCUUCGAUCGUCCCGCAUCUCUUUCACAUCUACCAUACUCGAGAAACGCUCGUACAGAGUCACGUCCGUCUUCAGGUAUGCACUUCUGUAGCUUUUAUCGAAUGUAUUAGCUGAUGUACCCCAUUCCCUACUACAGCGAGAAAGAGCAGUGGCUGUAAGACGAAGUCCUCCGGCUCUCAGGCGCACAAGAGCCCGAUUGUCGAACUCCCUCCGCUGCAGUUUCCGGAUGUUUCCUCCAAGAACAAGGAGAACGUUGCAGAAGCCGGACCAUCUUACUCCGUGAGGCCGUCCUCCGGCUCCGUCGAACAAACCCUUUCAUCUACUUUGUACGCCAACACCCCUGCGAAGGAAUAUCUGAAUACGCCUCACGACGUCUUCGGCCCGAAGCAGCCUGUAGCCCCUACAUCGAGCCCUGCGCUUUCCAUAAUCAAAGUCGAACAUGAGGCUGAAAGGGUCAGCACCACCGCUCAAUCUGCCCCACCUUCGCAAUCGCUAGCGCCAGAGUCAGCAUUGCAUCGUGCUCGCGAAGCUCCCGUAACGCCGCCUACCAUACCCUCUCUUUCCAUCGCCUUUUCCUACUGUGGACAGUCUCUUAAUUACGAGCUUGAUUCGUUAGCUAAGGACCCUACAGACAUCAUCUUCGUACUCUCACAGGCUGCCGCAUGGCCUUCGGAGAGGGAUAAAUGGAUGAUUAUCGCGGGUUACUAUCGCAGCAAGCGGAACAUCCGCGCCGCGAUCUCAGUCGUGACUGCUAUGGUUGACGGUGAGCAAUGGGCCAGUUAUAUGCAACAGAUGCCCUUGUCGCUGAUGCAGUAUCCACUAGUCAUGAUGUCCCCUGCUAUCGGACUGACGAACGACGACUUGAGGCCCGCUUUCAUCAUGCUCGCCAGCUGCCAUACUGAUCUGAGCAGAGAUUCACGUCGGUCUGGCCCUGAGGGCGCUGAGCUCGCUCGGGAGCACAUGGAGAAGGCAAAGAAGUUCUUCCAGGUUGUCUAUGGGACGCAUUUCCCUUCGGAGGAGUCCCCGCGCGCCGCCUCAUUGGCGUCCUCGCGGCGUCUAUCUCUCCUGCAGCGAGUCGAUCGCCGUCCCCAGGAUCCCAUGUCCCCCGAUGACGCCGUUCGCAUACGUACUAUGGAGCGCGAGAUACAAUCCCUACGUGAUAAGCAGACCAGUUAUCCUGGGCAGCUUGCAGACGCGCGCGCCGCGAAACGCAAGGUCGAGGAAGAGCUCGAUGCAGAGCGUGCCCUCCGUCGAAAGACCGAGCAGGAAACUAGCGCCGAGCUGCUGAGCGCGCGCCGCAGCGCAAAAUACGCGCUCGAGCAGUGCAAGCGCGAGGUCGAGAACCGGCGGCGCGCCGAAGAACGGACGAACGAGCUGCGAGACGAGCUGGCGACCGUGCAGGGCGAGCUCACCGGCAAGCUGCGGGAGGCGCGGGAGAAGGAUCGGAGGGCGAGGGAGUGUUUCGCUAGGCUGGGCAGCCUGUUCACAAAGGCGGCGCAGGGGGAGGUGGACGAUCCGACGUCGCCCAUGUUCAGCAGCUCUUCUCGUUCGACUCGCGUGACUCCAGUGCCGCCGAGGCCUGACAGCUCUUCCCGACCGAUUAGAACGACUCCGUCGCCAUCGAUGGGCCCACCCGCAAAACGUGUCAGGACCGACAACGCGUAAAUUGUGCAAAUCCGCUAGUAGCAUGGACCUUAGAUAGAUAAAAAUUAACUGGGGAUAAUAGAGCUAGCAACGAAAACGAGCAAUGGCGUUCAAGUAGCACGCGCCAAUGAUUUAAACAUUCUCCUUUGAGCUUGAC